AUGGCAGAGUUGGUCCCAACGCAAAUCAACUGGCUGGUGCCCAGCAAUUCUCAGGCGCAUAACUCCAGCUGCUUUGCUACCACGGAGCUCUGUGUCCGCCGCGGACAGAAGUUCGACUUCAAGCUGUACUUCAACAGGGCUCCGAACGCAGGGGAGAGCCUGGCCUUCGUGGCAGAAACAGGUCCAGGCCCUUCUGAGGCCCAACACACCAGGUGUGGGUUUGCCCUCUCCAAUGCCCUGACCGGAGGGACCUGGUGUGCGGUACAGACGUCGGGCGACGGCAACUGCAUCAACUUCUCCAUGUGCAGCUCCUGCAGGGCGGCCAUCGGUCGCUAUAAGCUGAGCCUGCAAGUGACCUGCGGCAACCACGUGGCGACCAAGUUCCUGGGGAAGUUUGUUCUCCUCUUCAACCCGUGGUGCACAGGGGAUCUGGUCUUUAUGGCCAACGAGGCAGAGAGGCAGGAAUACGUGCUGAAUGAAAACGGGAUUAUCUUUGUGGGCAAUGCCAACUACAUUGAAGCUCGAGGAUGGUACUAUGGCCAGUUUCAGGAGAACAUCCUCAACAUCUGCCUUCACCUGCUCAACCUCAGCCUCUACCACCGCCAGGACCCGGCGGGUGAUGCCUCGCGGCGGAGCGACCCCCGGUAUGUGGGACGUGUCGUCAGCUCCAUGGUCAACGGCAACGACGGGGACAACGGGGUGCUGGAGGGCAAGUGGAGCGAGGAUUUCGCCCACCACGAGAACCCUUCCCGGUGGGACGGCAGCGUGGCCAUCCUGAGGAAGUGGGCACAGGGCAACUACAGCCCUGUCCAGUACGGGCAGUGCUGGGUCUUUGCUGGCGUGGCAGGCACCGUCUUGAGGUGCUUGGGGAUCCCGACGCGUCUGGUCACAAACUUCAAUUCUGCCCACGAUUCGAACUCAAACCUGAGUAUCGAUAAAUACUAUGAUCCUGCCGGAAAGAGCCUCAAAAUGGGACAAGACUCCGUGUGGGAUUACCAUGUCUGGAAUGAAAGCUGGUUUGUCCGGAGGGACCUGGGCAACCCCUACUGUGGCUGGCAAGUGAUCGACGCCACCCCGCAAGAGAGGAGCCAAGGGAUGUACCAGUGCGGGCCAGCCUCGGUCUUGGCGGUCAAGCAAGGAGAUGUGAGGCUGAACUACGACACGGCCUUCGUCUUCACCGAGGUGAACGCCGAUAUCAACCGCUGGGUCGUGCAGAGCAACGGGAAGCGUGUGAAGGCCUACUGCGACACCUCCUCCAUCGGCAGAGCCCUCAGCACCAAAGCCGUGGGCAGCAACCAGCGGGUGGACGUCACCAACUGCUACAAAUUUCCUGAAGGCUCCACCGAGGAAAGAAGCGUCUAUCGGAAAGCCUGCAUGGAGCUGUCGGGCUCCAGCCACGCAGAAGUGGCGGCCUCGGAGCUGAUGGCCCACCCGGAGCUCUUCGGGAAAUUCAAGCUGACUCGGCCGCCGGUGCUCGGCAAGGACGUCAACCUGAUCCUCUCUCUCUCCAACCUGUCCGCCUCCCCCAAGACGGUCACCGUCAACCUGAGCGUCUCCAGCGUCCUCUACACCCGCAGGGCCGUCAAGGAGAUCCUGAAGGAAACUACCACCCUCCACCUGGGUGGCAAGGAAGAGAAGCACCUUCCCCUGCGGAUCAGCUACGGCCACUACGGCAACUCCCUGACUGAUGACAAGAAGCUCCUGGUGACCGCGCUGUGCGAUGUGUCCGAAGGCGUGAAGCUGCUGGUGGAAAAGGCUAUCACUCUGGAGAGCCCAAACCUCUCCAUUGCGGUUCCUCCAAAGGUGUUUGCCAACACCCCAGCCACGCUGGAAAUCUCCUACGCCAACCCGCUCCCUGAGCCUGUCAAGGACUGCGUGCUGCUGGUGACCCUGAUGGGCCAGGCAAUCAAGAUCAACGUGGCAGAUCUGGCAGCCGGGGAGCGGUCGAAGAUCUACUUUGAGUUCACUCCUCGCCGCACAGGAGCCAUGCAGCUGCACGUGGACUUCUCCUGCAGCAAAUUCCACCACGUCAAGAGCUUUGUGCUUAUGGACGUGGCCCCCGCCGCCGGCACUGCUUAA